AUGUCCAGAACUACUCACAAGAUCUAUGUUGGGAAUCUGCCUCCAGAUACCAAAACUCGAGAUAUCGAGAAUCUAUUUUCGAAGUAUGGUCCGAUAGCAGCAAUCGAUCUGAAAGCUGGACAAAGACGUGGUCCACCGUUUGCAUUCGUUGAGUUCGAAGACGAGCUUGAUGCGUCGGAUGCCGUUCGUGGACGUGAUGGAUACAACUUUGAUGGGUACGCCUUGCGAGUCGAGUUACCACGCACUGGAGGUUUUAACAAUGGGAAUGGCGGUCCUAACCCUAACCAGUUUCGGCGAGGAGGCUUUAAUCGUGGGGGAGGUGGGGCUAGUGGCCCUUCAAGGAGGUCAGACUUCCGAGUAAUUGUUACGGGUUUACCACCCACUGGUAGUUGGCAAGAUCUCAAGGAUCACAUGCGUGAAGCUGGGGAUGUUGGAUAUGCCGAUGUGUUCCGAGAUGGCACCGGUGUAGUUGAAUUCCUAAGGUACGAGGACAUGAAGUAUGCUAUUAGACGUCUGGACGACUCCAAGUUUCGUUCCCAUGAGGGUGAGUCCUCGUAUAUCCGUGUCCGCGAAGAGAGGGCUGGAGGGUCUCGUUCCAGGUCUCGAUCGUAUGGCUCACCAAGAAGAGGUCGAUCCUACGAUUCGUGCUCUAGGUCAAUCAGCCCUCGACGAUAA